UGCCAGCGCGCGCCUCUCUCGGGGGCGGGCCGCCGCGAGCGACCGAGGGGCAUGCGGCUCGCGGCCCUGCGGGCGCCCGCGGCCCGCCGCGGCCGCGGCCCGCCCGCGGCCCGCCCGCCGCCCAGGCGCGGGCUCGCCGCGGGCCCGGCCGCGGCCAGGGCGGCGUGCGGGGAGGCCGUGGCCGUCACCUUCGAGGACGGGCUGGUGCAGAGGUUCCACUGGCUGUGGCUGCGCGACAACUGCCAGCACGAGUCGCAGAUCACGGCCAACGGCCAGCGCCUGUUCGAGACGGCCGACCUGGUGCGCGCACACCGGGCCGGCCGCGCCGCGGAGCCGGCCAGCUUCGAGCUGCCGCGCGGGCGCGGCCACCUGCUCGUGUCUUGGAAGGACGGGCACUCCUCCAGGUUUUCCUUGGAGUGGCUGCGCGCGCACGCGUACGACCAGCUCGACGAGGCCAGGCGCUCUCUGGCCGCCGCGGCCACGAGCGCGGAGGGGAGCUUCCUGUGGGGAAGCGGCCUUGCCGGCCUCCUGCCAGAGGUCGGGUUCGAGGAGCUUCAGGCGCGCAGAGGGCGCGUGAAGUUCUCCUGGCUCCUCGAGCGGUUCGGCUUCGUGCUGGUGCGCGGCGUGCCCGUGGAGCCGGGGGCCGUGGAGCGGGUUGGCAACAUGCUCGGAUCCGUCCGCCGGACCAACUACGGCACGGUGUUCGACGUGCUGGACCGCGGCCCGGACGCCAAGAACCUGGCGGACACCGCCAUGUCCAUCACGCAGCACACCGACAAUCCCUACAGGGACCCGGUGCCCGGCGUGCAGCUGCUGCACUGCCUGGUGCAGGCCGACUCGGAGGGCGGAGAGACGCUGCUGGUGGACGGCUUCGCGGCCGCGGAGAGGCUCCGGGCGCGCUCGCCCAAGGCCUUCGAGCUGCUCGCGCGCCAGCCGCGUGCCUUCCGCUACGUGGACGCGGAGCAGGGCACGGACCUCCGCACCGAUUCCUCGCCAGUUCUCGAGGUGGACGAGCCCAGCGGCGCCGUCAGGAGGGUCCGCUUCAACAACCGCUCUGCCGCGCCGCUGCGGCGCCCGGCCUUCGGCGCCACCCUCGACUACUACGAGGCCUGGGCGGCGCUGCAGGGCGAGCUCCAGGACGAGCGCCUCCUGGUGCCGCUGCGGCUGGCGCCGGGCGACCUCGUCGCCUUCCAGAACCACCGCGUGCUGCACGGCAGGCGGGGCUACGCGCGCGGCGCGCGGCGCCACCUGCAGGGCGCCUACCUCGACGUCGACGCGCUGCGGAGCCUCCUGCACGGCUCCGGGCCUCGCUCGAGGGACGAACGGCGGCAUAGACUCCAAAACGGCGGCCGCCGCCCGCAUCUUGGGCGCGCUCCGGGCGCAAGGCGCGCUCGGCUCCGGGGAGGGCAGCGCCGACGAGCUGCGGCGGGCCCUGCGGGAGGAGGGCGCGGCGGGCACGGCGGGCGAGGGCGCCCGCGGGGGCCGAGAGGUGCCGGGGGCGCUGCUGCGGGGCCCGGGCAGUGGCCGCGGCGGGGGCCCCGGGCCUCCAUCGACGCAGGAGGACUCCGAGCUCCAGGAGCUCGUGCUCGGGCACCUGGACCGGGCGGCGAGCCGUCGCCCCCCGCUGACCAGGGCUCGGCCUGCGCGGUGUGUUGCUGGCGGUGUCGUGGGCCGCCUCCGCCUUGGCCUCGCUCCGCAACGGAGGCGGGGCGAAGGACAGACCGAGGGAGAGCGAAAGCAAAAUGA